UGGCGGGAGGAGCCAAGGGCGCCGCCCCCGUCCGCCUGCCCGCCUCCCAUAUGAUCCAGUCGCCUUCCUGCUCCGCCAGUGCCUCUCCUCGCGUUCCACGGGCAGCCAUGGAGGCGUGGGGGCAGCGGCUCUCCUUCGCGUCCUUCCAGAGCGGGCUCCCCGCGGGGGCUGCCUAUGGCUACGGCGGGCAGAGCCCUCAGGGGCUGCGGGGGAGCGAGUUCGCCCGGCUGGGAGGAAUCACUUAUCUUGACCAUGCAGGCACUGCAAUUUUCCCACAAAGUUUAUUGAAGGCCUUCACUGAUGACAUAAGUGAAAAUGUUUAUGGUAAUCCUCACAGCAAGAACAUUAGCAGCAAGCUGACAUAUGACACAAUUGAACACGUUCGAUACAGGAUAUUACAGCACUUCAAUACAACCGUAGAAGACUACACUGUCAUUUUCACUUCAGGAAGUACAACUGCACUCAAGUUGGUUGCAGAGACUUUCCCCUGGAUACCUGAAAAACUGGAGGAUCCUGGCAGCCAGUUUUGCUACCUCACUGAUAGCCACACAUCUGUGGUGGGCAUGAGAGGAAUUGCUGCUGCAGUGAAUGUCCCUUUUGUGCCUGUGAAACCAAAGGAAAUGUCAUGGACAAAUGACAUAGUAGUGGAAGAGAAGGGUAGUAUAACACCUCACCUCUUCUGUUAUCCUGCUCAGAGCAAUUUUUCAGGCACUAAAUACCCCCUUGAUUGGAUAGAAAAGAUAAAAUCUGGUAAACUGAGCCCUAUUAAGGUCUGUGGAAAAUGGUUUGUACUCUUGGAUGCAGCAUCUUAUGUUAGCACUUCCCCAUUAGACUUAAGCAUUUGUUUAGCAGACUUUGUGCCACUUUCAUUCUACAAGAUAUUUGGGUUUCCCACUGGUUUAGGUGCUCUGAUAGUAAAAAAUGAUGUUGCUUCUUGCUUAAGAAAAGCCUAUUUUGGAGGAGGAACUGCAGCUGCGUAUUUAGCAGAAGAGGAUUUCUAUUUACCAAAACAAUCAGUGGCUGAAAGGUUUGAGGAUGGUACAAUUUCUUUUCUUGACAUUAUAGCAUUGAAGCAUGGAUUUGAUGCCUUGGAAAGACUUACAGGUGGAAUGGAGAACAUAAAACAGCAUACAUUUGCUUUAGCUCACUAUACCUAUACCAUCCUCUCUACCUUGAAAUAUGCUAAUGGGGCACCUGUGGUGCACAUAUACAGUGAUACAGACUUCAGCAGUGCAGAUACCCAGGGUCCAAUCAUUAAUUUUAAUGUAUUGGAUGAAAAUGGAGAGACAAUUGGUUAUUCACAGGUAGACAAGUUGGCUGGAUUGUACAACAUCCACAUGCGCACUGGUUGUUUUUGUAAUACUGGUGCAUGUCAGCAGCAUUUAGGGAUCAGCUCUGAUGACAUCAAAAAGAACCUAAAGGCUGGUCAUGUGUGUGGAGAUGACAUUGAUGUAAUUGAUGGAUGUCCUACUGGCUCUGUGAGAAUCUCUUUUGGUUAUAUGUCUACAUUUGAAGAUGCACAAGCUUUUCUAAAAUUCAUUAUAGCCACCAGACUCUCUGGCUGCACUAUGGUUAAAGUUACAUCUUCAAGAGAUGGCAUUUCAGAAUUUGUAGCACCUCCCAAAGAGAAUGACCACACAUAUGAUGACAGAAGCACUAACAAGGUGCUACAUGAAAGGACCAUUGAGGAUUCUCAUCUUAGUGCUAAUUCUGCUUCAGUGAAUAUGCCAAUCAAUCUACAGCCUAUUCGGGGACAUGCAGAAAGGACCGUGCCUGAUGUUUUAGGGAAUUCAGUUGAAACAUUACCAAGUGAUGGAAGGACAGUUGUCAUCACCAAUAUUUAUCUGUAUCCUAUCAAAUCAUGUGCUGCGUUUGAGGUUACAACGUGGCCAGUUGUUAAUCAAGGCUUGUUGUAUGACCGUAACUGGAUGGUUGCAAAUCAAAAUGGUGUUUGUAUUACUCAAAAGCAAGAGCCAAGAUUGUGCCUUAUACAACCAAUAAUUAAUCUGGAACAAAAUGUGAUGAUAAUCAAGGCAGAAGGGAUGGAUCCUAUAUCUGUAUCCUUAGAAGAAAAGAGUGGAAGCCAAAAUGAAAUCUGUCAAAGCAAAGUCUGCUCACACAGAGUACAGACAUAUGACUGUGGAAGAAGAGUAGCUGACUGGUUUUCUGAAUUUCUUGGCCGGCAGUGCCGCCUCAUCAGGCAGAAUUCAGACUUCAAAAGGAAUGCAAAUAAGAAAGAUGAAAAGGGAGAAGCAUCUGCUGUAGCUGCCUCACUCUCUCUAGUAAAUGAGGCACAGUACCUCCUGAUAAACAGAACAAGUGUUUUAACAUUGAGGGAUCACAUUAUUGAAAUAAUAGGUGAUUCGCUUAUCCUGCAGGAUCUCAUCCAUCGCUUCCGUGCAAAUAUUGUUAUCAGCACAAAUGAGCCAUUUGAAGAAGACCUAUGGGAAGAGAUUUCUAUUGGUUCUCUUCAUUUUAAGGUUAUGGGUCCAUGUCAUAGAUGUUUGGUUAUCUGUAUUGAUCAACAAACUGGACAAGGAAACAAGGAUUUUUUUCAGGGUCUUGCUGCAACCAGAGAUAGAAAGACUAACUUUGGAAUAUAUCUCAUGAAUGACCCAGCAAAGCAGUCCUCCCUUCCAGAUACCUUGUCAGUGGGAUCUCAGCUACUUGCAGUGAUGAAGGGCAGCAUCGUGUCUUCAGCAUCUGCUAAAGAGCAAAAUUCAGGAUGACAUCUUAGCUAUCUCUGCAAACAGUGCUACCUUGCAUACUGUUCUCAGUUCACAUUAUUCAUCUUGCACACUUGUAAACACUAAAUGCCUUCUCCAAUGUUUCUAGUAAAGUAUCAAAUGUUGGUGAACAAUGAGCUGAUGUUCAUCAAUUCAAGUUGCAUCACAUCUUAUGGCUCUUUACACCUAAUUCCUUUGCUAAAGGACAAGCUCAAAAGAGGUAUAUUGAAGUACUGAAGACCAUUUCACAUCAUUUGCCAAAUAAUGGUUUUCAUGUUGAGUUUGGGAGAGGCAAAGGUCACUCUUGUGGAACAAGGUUAGGAGACAAAAUGGCACGAGUACAGUAGAAGAACGCAAGAUUAUGAUCAUUGUCAUCACCAAUGUGUAUACUCUCAGUAAACCAGAAAUCAAGCAACCAGAGCUCUCAAGCAACUGGCAGAAAUUGAAGAAAUAAUACUAGAAAUAAAAAUUAAAAUAUAUGGAUAAUACAAUAAAACAAUGUUACAUUAA